CCUUGAUUGACACCCGGACCCGGACCCCUCCCUUUUCGGGUGCGUGAGCUCUUGCUGAGGGUCGGAGACCUUAGAAGUCGGUGGUAUUGUGGCUGCAUCCACCACAUGUAGCAGUGCUGUUCUUAAUGUUCCACUAAAACAAAUGAAUACUGACAGAACGUGCUGCAAGGAUGAAAAGAAAGAGCUCAGUUUCUGAAGAUGUUGAAUUUAUUUUUACACCACUAGUAAUACUAGAGCUUGCCAAAGAUACUAGAGAGGAGACGACAGAAUGGCUGAUUCAAAAAAUCAAAGAUGCAAAGCACUUCGGCGGAGCUCAUUUGAGAAUCAGACCUUUGGAGGAAAACUCCAAAGUAUAUGUUAUUGGAGCAUCUUGGAAAAGGUUACUGCUUGGAGCUGAAAGCUUGGGUUUCGUUAAGGAAUUUCAGGAUGGAUCAAUGAGAGUCUUUACAUACAACAAUAGAGAGGACUACAAACAUUUUACAGAUGAUGACAGUGAUUUUCUGACGGUGGCAGAAAAGCAGUACAUUAUCAAGCGUGAAUUGGAAAAUCUAAGGGCAGUAAAUGAGACCAUGGUCCCUGGUCACCCACAAGCCAAACUUUACCCUGGAAAAUCCAUCUUUCGCCGUUUGCAAACCAGUGGAAUUCUAAUUCAGCUCUAUCCUCUACACGACCCAGCGGAACUUAAAAAGCUCAGCUUUAUCUGGUAUCGGCAAGUAAAGUUUUCUUUUCAGCCUCUUGAUGAAAUCCAGAAAUACUUUGGACAGAGUAUUGCACUUUAUUUUGCUUUCUUGGAAUAUUUCACCUUUGCCUUGUUUCCCAUGGCUGUAAUUGGAGUGCCUUACUAUGUAUUUGCGUGGCAAGAUUAUGAUAAGUACAUUGUGUUUGCCACUUUCAACCUUGUGUGGUCAACCAUUGUCCUGGAAGUCUGGAAGCGUUGGUGUUCUAGACUUUCCUAUAAGUGGGGCACACUGACAAUGAAGAGAGUGUUUGAAGAACCUAGGCCUGGUUUUCAUGGAACGUUGGGAGUGAAUCCAGCAACUGGCAGAAAAGAACCUACAUAUCCUUCGUACCGGCGACAGUUGCGAAUCUAUUUGGUUUCAGUGCCUUUUGUCUGCUUGAGCCUCUACAUCUGUCUUCUCGUUAUGAUGAUCUACUUUAGAAUGGAGGAUCUGGUCUCAGCCUAUAAUGAAGAAGCUGAAACAAUUUUCAGCAAUAUCUUGCUGUAUGUCCCAAGUGUUGUUUACGCCUUAGUUAUUGAAAUAAUGAAUCGAAUCUAUAGAUAUGCUGCCACAUUUUUAACUUCGUGGGAAAACCACAGGCUUGAAUCGUCUUAUCAAAACCAUUUAGUUUUGAAAGUAUUGGUGUUCAAUUUUGUAAACUGUUUUGCAUCCCUUUUCUACAUUGCAUUUAUUCUUCAGGAUAUGAAACUUCUUAGACAGAAUCUGGCUGCCUUACUCAUUACUUCACAAAUAAUCAACCAGUUUGUGGAAUCCUUAUUUCCUUACUGGCUUCAAAAGCGUCGCAAAAAGAUUAUCAAGCAGAAGCUUAGUAUAUCAAGUGAAGAAAAGGAGCUUCCAUUAACUGAUCAAGUCAAGCUGGAAGGAAAAAUGGAUAUGUUCUUGGGAACAUUUGAUGAUUACUUGGAAUUAUUUCAACAAUUUGGCUAUGUCAGUCUUUUCUCGUGUGUUUACCCUCUGGCGGCUAUAUUGGCAAUUUUGAACAACAUCACUGAAGUGUUUUCUGAUGCUCUGAAAAUGUGCUGUGUCUUCAAACGACCAUUCUCCCAGCCUGAACCUGACAUUGGAGUCUGGCUGCUGGCUUUCGAAACUAUGGGCGUUAUCUCGGUGAUGACCAACUGUGCACUGAUUGGGAUAUCGCCCCAAGUGAAGAGUUUCUUUCAGGAAAAGAGCAUAGAACUUGUCCUAUUAAUUGUGGGUGUGGAGCAUGUACUGUUGGGUCUGAAAUUCAUCCUGGCAUUUGCCAUUUCUGAUAUACCAAGAGACAUUCGUGAUAAAGUCGCCAGGCUGGAAUUCGAAUCUAUGGAAGCCCUCAAACAUAAGCAAAUGAAGGAAGCUGAUGAGUCACUCAAAAAGGAACAGCAAAAUGUUGAAACAAGAAGACAAAGCCAAGAUGAUUUAGUGUAAUGUGAGCAUGCCUGACCUUAAUCAAGUUAAGCCAUAUACCAAAAUGUAUUAUAGACAAGUAGUGGGUGUGUAAAAAUAUGCAUUGCGUGAAAACUCGACAAAGCAUGGUGCUGAAUAUAAUCAAUUUAUUUUAUAAAUUUAUUCACUCACCCUCUUGCAUGAAGUGUUAUCAUUGAUCUACGCAUCUAAAAUAUGAUAAAUUGAUUCCCUAGAAUAAAGCAUAUGUGAGGGGUGUGUGCCUCUGUAAAUGUGGAUGGAGAAGGAUGACCAGAGGAAGAUUUAUUCUAGUAAAGGCACAUUUGAGCUACAGCUUCCAGACCAACAUUUCAAGUGGAGAGCUGGCAGUGCAGUGUGAAUGCUCAGGACUUGAGUGGGUAAAAUACUCUUUAUCUUGAAUUUGUAAAAGAUGGAAUGAUUUGAGAUUUUUUUUUAAAGAAAGAACUAUAAAUCACAAAAAAAAUGCACUACUUGAACUUCGAGCACUUUAAUUUUUGCAGAGUGUAUUGGAGAAGUGACUUUAAAACCAAACUUCUGAAAUUAAUAGGAAGAGACAGGGAGGUGGAUAGAAGAUAGGCGGAAGAUAGAAGAUGGUGGAGACCCUCUCCACCUACCUUUUCCUCUAUCCAUCUUCUAUCUGCCUCCCCCUCUCUCCCUAUUUAUUUCAGAACCUCCUUUUCCUGCCCCAUUUCUGAAGAAGGGGCUGGGCCCGAAAUGUCAGCCCUCCUGCUCCUCUGAUACUGUUUGGUCUGGUGUGUUCAUCCACCUCUGCAGUUCCUGCUAUCUCUGCUGAAAUUAAUAAUUCUUUCUUUAUAUACAUUUUCAUUGACCAGCUUCAUCUUAUUUUGAUGGUAGCCUUGGGGUUCAUGGGUUUUAUAUUUCUUUAUUUUCUUUUUGCUUAUGAAAGAGUCCAAAAAUAUGACAGUCACUCAUAAAUACACAGUGGAUUUCAGGAUAAACUUCUUACCCAGCGAGUGACCAAUAUACGCAAUGCACUACCGCCGACUGGGUGGUGCAUUUAAAGAGAGAUUGGUCAAUAUGAAAGGGGGAUGGAAGGAAAAGCUGUGAAGUGGGAAGUUGCAACACUGUUAUCUUAGGUUCAGUUGUGAUGUUGUCAUUAAAUUUGUUGAUGAUAUAUGCUGUAAUUGUCUACUGUGCUGAUCUUUACCUAGCAGAGACCAAAUGACAAUUGACACUUUCCUCCAGUUCCCUAAUGGGUUAUGUAUCCACCAGCAGCCAUUCUCUCACACUUUCCAGAGCUGUCAGUCAGUCAGUCAUCAAACUCUUAGUACCCCACUUUGCCUCUGUCCCAACAUGCACAAACAAGACUGCCACAGAAUACAGCACCAGUAUGAUGCCACCCAUGGGUGACUGUGGGUUUCCUCCUAUGGUGUACAACUGUGUAGGUCAGGUGCAUUAGCUGUGGUAAGUUUCCUAGAGUAUCUGCAAAUGUGAAGGCUAGGUGGAUUAGCCAUAGGAAAUGUGAGGGUACAAGGAUCAGGUUGGGUAGUAGGUCUGGGUGGAUGCUCUUUGGAGAGUCAUUGUGGACUAGCUGGGCUGAGUGGCCAGCUUCUGUAGCGUAGGGAUUCUGUGUUUCCUCCAAUGACCUCUGGCACAGAUUCCUUGCCCUAAGGUGCAACCCACGGUCAUCCGAACCCUUUGAAUUUGCAUCCCACCCCAGGACAGUUUCUUCCUUGAGCAGAGUCCCAACCAGUCCCCCCUCCCCACCAGAGUUUUUUCUUGCAUUAAAAACCUCUCAUUUCAAGCAACUCACUUCCCAAAUAAAUGGUGUUGCUUUGAGCACCCCCAUGCGUCCUAGUUAUAUCCUGUGGGAUGUGCACAAUACUCAUUUUGUCCUACGCUUACAUACUUCCUUUUACAGCUGCACCAUUUCCACUUUCAGCCCUUAACUGAAGCAUUUGACUUUGAUUUCCACAGUUCCCUCACUUCAUCUGGCCCAACUUCCCUUCCCUGGUGGUUUUUUUUGAUUUCCAAUCUGAGAAAAGGUAACAACCAGUAUUUAGUCCACUGCAUCUCUCUCUAUCUCGCAUGUGUAUUCUCAGACUGUUUUCCUGUAAGGACUCUUCUGAUCUCCUAGUUUCUCUGUCUGUAUCAAGUAUAUUUAGGGAUGCAAGCCUCCAUAUCAUCACUUCUGCUGUCUUCCUUUUCCCUUGACCAAUGAUUCUCAUCCUCCCAUAUACUAGGAGUAAAGGGGACUUCAACGUCUGUUCUCCUUCUCACGCUUCAUUUUAUCAUCAUCCCUGCCUCGCAGGAUGAUGUUAGGGCAUCACGUGUCCUCAUCUUGCGUUUCUCUCACCUCUGCAUCCAAUAGGUCAGACUCUGAAAAAGACUUGAAAACAAAAGUGAGAUGUUCUUGAUGAAUGGUAGGUGGAAUUGACAAAGAGCCUGUUGCCUCAACUACACAAUGGUCCAGCCUAAAGCACUAAAAACAACCACUUUCCUGUGAUACUGUUUUGUACAACACCUGCUUCUCAGUGGAUAAAGACCCAAACGCUGCUUCCAAGUAUGGAAAAAAACCAAUAUCAUUGGCAUCAGGCAACUACUUUGUAGCCUGAAUAAGCUGAUCUACAGCUAUGACCCUGAGCUUUUUGUGGGCUGUCAUUAUUAAUUCUGUCUUGCUCCCCUCUCAACUGCAUGUAGCUGAUAUAAUUCCAUUGAAGCUCAACACAAGUUCAAAGAACAGUAACUCUCAUGAGGAUAUUUACAACCUUGCAGACUCAACACUAUUAAGUCAGAGACAGGCUGCACAGAAACAGACCCUUUGGUUCAGGCUGACCAGAUAUUUGAAAUAAAUCUAGUCUCCAUUUGCCAGUAUUUGGCCAAUGUCCCUCCAAACCCUACCUAUUCAUAUACCCAGCUAGAUGCCUUUUAAAAUGUUGUCAUUGUACCAGCCUCCUCCACUUUCUCUGGCAGUUCAUUCUAUACACACACCACUUUCCACAUUUUAUAAACCUCUGAUGGUCCAGGUAAAAUUGCCCCAGCCUAUUCAGCCUCUCCCGAUUAGCGCAAACACUCCAACCCUGGCAACAUCCUUGUAGAUCUUAACUGAACCCUUUAAGUUUCACAGCGUCCUUCCAAAGCAAGCAGACCAGAAUUACACACUGUAUUUCAAUAGAAGCCUAACCAAUGUCCUGUACCGUUGCAAUUUGAACUCCCAACUCCUAUACUCUAUGCACUGACCAACAAAGGCAAGUAUGCCAAAUGCCACCUUCACUGUCCUAUCAUCUGUGACUCCACUUUCAAGGAACUAUGAACCUGCACUCCAAGGUCUCUGUUCAGCAACACUUGCCAGGACCUUACCAUUAACUGUGUAAGUCCUGUUCUGCUUUAUCUAAAGUAAACUCCAUCUGCCACUCCCUUGGCUCAUUUAAAUCAAGAUCCCAUUGUUCUCUAAAGGUAAUCUUCUUCGCUGUUCACCACACCUUCAAUUUUGGAGUUAUCUGCAAACUCAGUAACCAUACCUCCUACAUUCACAUCCAAAUAGUUUAUAAAAAUGAAAAGCAGUGGACCCAGCACCCGUCCUUGUGGCAUACUGCUGGUCGUCAGCCUCCAGUCUGAAAAGCAUCCCUCCACCACCACACUUUGUCUUCUACCUUUUUGAGCCAGUUUUGUAUCCAGAUAUCUAGUUCUCCCUCUAUUCUGUGUGAUCUAACUUUGAUAGCCAGUUUACCAUAAGAACCUUGUGAAAUACCUUACUGAGGCCCAUAUAGAUCAUGUCCACUGCUCUGCCCUCAUGAAUCCUCUGUUACUACUUCAAAAAACUCAUUGUUUAACAAUUCUAGAUCACAACUUAUUUAUUAUUUGCACUUCUACUAGACCUUUUAGUUAAAAAUUUGAUGCAUUACCUCCUUUUGGCUUAGCACCAGAGCCUUAUGUCCUAUUACAGAUCUCUGCCCUACCACCACCCUUUCACAUUGCUUAAACCCUGCUAAGUUUUUAAAUCAGUCCUGAUUUAAUCUUGAGGCUGAUGACACUUCUUUUCAUAUUCCCUCCACAGAUGCUAGGAGACCUGCUGAGUUUUGCCAGCAUUGGUUGUAAAUAUGAAAUUAAAAACAAAUUCUUGCUUUUGUGUUAAAGGGAGAAGAGGUAUAUGUGAACCAUAAACACUUGCAUUUUCUAACCAAGUAAAAUGUCUGUUUCUCAGUAACUCAGGACAAUAGUUUUCUGGAAUAAAUGUGAAGCUCUCUCAUGCUUUCAUUGCCCGCAGGGGUUUAGGUUAACAAAUUUAUCUUUACAAACAAACAUCUACUGACCAUUCUGAGGAAGGGUCACUUGACCCAAAACAUUAACUUUGAUUUCCUUUCACAGAUGCUACCAGACCUGCUGAGCUUUUCCAACAACUUGUUUUGUUUCUAAUCUUCUGACCAUGUGUUGACUUGUUCCCAAAUGACUUUUGAGAGGAAUGUUUGAAAAUUAAAAUUGAGCGUGCAUUAGAUUAACAACUGUGGACAGUGUGCUGACCUGGUUUCCCUCUGGCUGCAUGUUAGGAUGCAGAAUAUAGAGUUACAACAUGGAAACAAGAACUGAAAUUCCCACGCUAGAAUAUACAGGACAAGAAUAGAUCCCUUAAUUUAAAUACUCUUAAUUGGCAAUAGUUCCAUGAGUGUUCAUCUUAAGUGCAUGCUAGUUUGGUGCAUCUGGGUAUACUGAUCCAAAGUAUGGAUAAUAAUACUACACACCCAUGCAAUGAUAUUCACUGGCACUGCCAUCAGCUCCUGAAACUUACGUUUUAACAAUUGUACCAAGUUUCCAUAGCACAGCCUAGUUCCAAAUUACCACCCUUCCAGCUACAAAUGUUCUAGCUGGAUUUUUGGUAGCUGUGGACUUCUAAGCAAAUAUAUCUAAAUGUGCCACUUCUCAGAUGGGAUCUAUUUUAGAUAUAGUAAGUGCACAUUUUCCCCUAACAAGGCAACAACAAGAGUAGAACAAAUAUUACUUAGUACACCAUCUGACCUGAAACCAUACUGCCAUUCUGUCACUGUUACCAUGUCAAAAUCUAGGCACUUCCUAACAGUACUGAGAGGUUUAGUCAUGCCAUGGAUUGCUGUAGUUCAAAAGGGUGAAUCAUCAUUUCCUUCUAAAGGUGAAUUAGAAAUGGACAAUAAAUGCUGGCCUCAAUAGUGACAUCAAGAAAAAUAGGAUGGUUCUUUAUGCUGACGCUAAACCAUAUUUAAAUGUUUAUAUAUUCAGAAUCCCAAAGUGUGGAAAUGCAUGUAUAAUGCACUAUCCAUUUCAGUAACCUGAUGAAUUAUUUGAGAUGUACAGUCUACAUGGCAUCUACCAUCUCUGUCCAUUUUGCAAUUACGUUUGUGUUUGAUGUACUGUAAAUCUUAAGCAGAGUCUGGAAUAAGCCCUUAAAGUACAUUAAAGGUGACAUAAAAAUGCAAGUUCAAAAUAGUAAAAUGUCCCAAAGCAUUUUCAAGAAACAUUAUUAAAUAAAAUUUAACACCAUUCCAAGGAAUAUAUUAAAGAAACGGAUAAGUAGAGGGAGUUGGCGAGGGAAUUCCAGAUCUUAGUGUGGCAAUGCUAUGACUUUAAGAGGUGUAUUCUUUUUUCCUGGUUUCUUUUGAGAGAUUGAAUGAGAGGCCUUGAACAGUCUGUUUUUGGUAACAAACAGCUUGAGGGGACUUAGGUUUUUUUAAAAACCAUAAAAGCAUCCUGGAUUAAUAUGGCCAGCCCUCAUAAACCAAGAUUUCUUGUUUCUUUUAAAGCUAUUAGAUUUGGCAGAAGCUGCUGGAGUUGAAGUAGAUGAAGCUAUCUUCUUCCUUUCACUCGAUUACAACUAUAAAUUGGGGUUUCAUUCCUAUUGUGGGCACUACAGGGAAGAGUGAUUUCUGAUUUGGUCUUUUUGCUAAGGGGUGGGUUUAUGGAAUGAUAUUAAUAUUAGAACAGUUAAUUAACAGUUACUAUAUCUAUUAUUGUUAGGUUUUCCAGUAGAGUUGUUAUUCUAAAGUUCUUCCUUUUUUGUAUUUUAACUGUAAAGUUUAAAUAAAUUAUAUUUUGCUUAACAACCAGCUGAAUUGCACCUGGAAUACAGCACUUUAAUUGCCAUGAAAGUGAGAAAAAGUUAAGGCCUAGGCUACCCUCAAAAUUUUGAGGGAGUCUAGUCUGGUUCACGACGUUAGAAACUAGAGAGCUGGAAGCACAUCUGUCACUAGUGACUGGGAAAAAAAGAGAUGCUCAAAAGGCCAGGAUUUAGAACAGUACAGACAUCUUGUGGCUGGGUUGGCUAAAGCAUGGAGCAAUUUGAAAAUGAGUUUGAAAACUUUUAAAUUAAGACAUUGACAGUAAACAAGUAUGAAUGAACAAGCAUCUACAUGUUUAGUAAACAAGUUGGAAAAUGGGGAACAGAAUUUCAGAUAAGCUGAAAUUUGCAAAGAGAUUUCAAUGCAAUUUGGACAACUUCAACGUGUCAGUAAAAUGGAAUGUCAAAAUAUUACUUAAAUGGUCCUAAUUUAUAGUCUCUGUACAUCAUUUCCAAUGUUCUUGUGUACUGGUCACUGAAAGCACGCAUGGAAGUGCAAAAACUGGAAAGCAAAAUGAUAUGUUUGGCUAAGUGUUUAUUAUAUAGCAAACUUUGUUUAAUCAGCACUCAAACUAUUAAAAAUUAUAUACCUUAAA